GGGGAACAGAGUGAGACAGACACAAGGAGAGUAACGGGUCUAAUACUGUAUUUUUGCAUCUGGGUUCCAAGAAACAAACAAGCGCACAAAAGAGCUUGUAAUAUCCUUCCGAAAGAGAAAGAGAACCGGCUGAGAGUCUCUUUAUGAUUUCUCUGCCAGGCUGAACUGUUAUUCCGAGGUACAGUGUCCUAUGUGGAGAUUUCUUUACCUCGAACGGCUGUGUAUUUCAGCGCACGGGACUCUGAAGAACACGGAUUACAAUGUUAAAGCUUUUAGAGGCUUUUGUCACUUUGGUGGCUGUGUCCUUUUUGGUCGAAGGGGUGUUUGGUGGUUACGGGAUGAGCAUGUUUGCUGCGCAGACAUCACCACCAGAUCCGUGCUACGACGAGAACGGUAACCCGAGAAGAUGCAUCCCCGAUUUCGUGAACUCCGCUUUCGGGAAGGAAGUGCGCGUGUCCAGCACCUGUGGAAAAACGGCAACUAGGUACUGUGUAGUAACUGAAAAAGGGGACGAGAGAACGAGGAAUUGCCACACUUGCGACGCCGCGGACCCAAAGAAGUCUCACCCACCAGCAUAUUUAACAGAUCUCAACAACCCUCAUAACCUCACUUGUUGGCAGUCAGAAAAUUACAUCCAGUACCCACAAAACGUCACGUUGACAUUAUCCUUGGGCAAAAAAUUUGAAGUCACGUAUGUGAGCCUGCAGUUCUGUUCACCUCGACCCGAAUCUAUGGCUAUCCUCAAGUCAAUGGACUACGGCAAAUCUUGGGUCCCCUUCCAAUAUUAUUCUACCCAGUGUAGGAAGAUGUACAACAAACCAAGCAAGGCUACAAUCACCAAGCAAAACGAACAAGAAGCCAUCUGCACGGACUCUCACACGGACAUGCACCCUCUCUCUGGUGGUCUUAUUGCGUUCAGCACCUUGGAUGGCAGACCCUCGGCGCACGAUUUCGAUAACUCGCCGGUACUACAGGACUGGGUCACAGCGACGGACAUCAAAGUGACGUUCAGUCGAUUACAUACUUUUGGAGAUGAGAACGAGGAUGACUCGGAGCUUGCCCGAGACUCGUAUUUCUACGCGGUUUCAGACCUGCAAGUUGGCGGGAGAUGCAAAUGCAACGGUCACGCGUCGAGGUGCGUGAAAGACCGGGAUGGAAACCUUGUUUGUGAGUGCAAACAUAACACAGCGGGGCCGGAGUGUGACAGAUGCAAACCGUUUCAUUAUGACCGGCCUUGGCAACGUGCGACUGCCAGAGAAGCGAACGAGUGUGUUGCCUGUAACUGCAACCUGCAUGCCCGGCGGUGUCGCUUCAACAUGGAGCUGUACAAGCUGUCCGGCAGGAAGAGCGGCGGCGUCUGCCUCAACUGCCGCCACAACACGGCCGGCCGCCACUGCCACUACUGCAAGGAGGGCUACUACAGGGACAUGUCCAAACCCAUCUCCCACAGGAAGGCCUGCAAAGCAUGCGAUUGCCAUCCCGUGGGUGCUGCUGGCAAAACCUGUAACCAAACCACGGGUCAAUGUCCCUGUAAAGAUGGUGUGACUGGUAUCACAUGCAACCGGUGUGCUAAAGGCUACCAGCAGAGCCGAUCUCCCAUUGCCCCCUGCAUAAAAAUUCCUGUUGCACCUCCCACAACAACAGCAAGUAGUACAGAGGAGCCAGCAGACUGCGACUCCUACUGCAAGGCGUCCAAAGGCAAACUGAAGAUCAACAUGAAAAAGUACUGCAAGAAAGAUUACGCCGUCCAGGUCCACAUUCUAAAGGCAGACAAGGCAGGUGAGUGGUGGAAGUUCACCGUGAACAUCAUCUCAGUCUACAAGCAAGGGGAGAACCGCAUCCGACGCGGGGAUCAGUUCCUGUGGGUGCGCGCCAAAGACGUGGCCUGCAAGUGCCCCAAGAUCAAGCCCGGGAAGAAGUACCUCCUCCUAGGAAACGACGACGACUCUCCGGACCAGAGCGGCGUGGUGGCGGACAAGGGCAGCCUGGUGAUUCAGUGGAGGGACACGUGGGCCCGCAGGCUGAGGAAGUUCCAGCAGCGGGAGAAGAAAGGCAAGUGCAAGAAGGCCUAAAACAAGAAGAUGCCACCGAGAACGAGCCCGAAAGAACGCAGGAGAAACGAGAGAGAGAGAGACAGGAGGGACGCAGAGAGAGACUGAAUGUUGCUGCUUUGAGUAGAAGCAUGAAGAGAAAAUUAGGAUGAUUUUUUUUAGGAACUUUUGUGAAGGAGCUCACUUUGCAGUUUUGUUCUCUUUUUUUCCCAUCAAGAUUUGUUUUUGUGGAUUUGCCGAGUUUGCACCUAAUAUUACCAGUAUAUAAAGUUGUUUGUAUUUUUCCAUUUCCAUGGUUUCGUAAUAUUUUCAGUCCUAUUUUUUACUGAACAUAUUGUUUUAGUAUAAUUACAGAAAAAAGCUACUGUACAACAUUCUGAAAAUCAGUAAGUAUGUAUACAUACCAACACACACAUACACAUACACACACACACACACACACACACACACACACAAACAUACACACACACACACACACACACACACCUCACACAGCAGCUUUUUCCAGGUGACUGAGGAAGGUUGGGCCAGGGGCGUAUGAGGUGAACUUCUAGCAAGUGAGGCCCUGUCACAAGAAACUGUAUAAACAGCAAUGCAAAGUGUUAACACUUUAGAUGUGUUGUAAAUCUUAGCUUUCUAUGUGGUUUCUGCUUUCAGUUUCAUGUAACAUAGGAAAAAAAAAACAUGCCCGGUACUGGGGCAAUGUCUUUGACAAGCCAGCCAUUUUCCUCAAAAAAAAAAAAACUAAAAGUAUCCUCUUUAUUUGUGGAACAGCUCAUUAUGUGGCAAAUACCUCAGAUCUGUUUAGUUCACUCUUUGUUAAGCUGGAGAGUGCCAAGUUGUGUUUCGGGGGAAAUCUUCUGAUGGGUGUUGGGCUUUGGACUACCACUUGGACUGAGACCAAGCUGAUGAUAUCGGAAGGGCAUGGGUGUCGUUAUUUGAGUCAGGGGUUUGUGAGGCACUUAUAACUUAAUAUUACAGUAUUUCUCAUCAUUAGUGAGGCUAAUGUUUUAGAGAGUGCCGAUUUAUUUUCAGUACGUUUUGCAUUGUUGCAGGAGAAGAGAAGUCCAUACAGUAUUCUCAUUAACCUUUAAGUGACUGGAUGUUCACUGCAAAUGAUUAAAAGCUCUCCUGUAAAUUCUCAGAUGGCAUGUAACGCCCUUUACGGGGUGAUUUGGAUUCAAAAUUCUCUUUAAGACUUUUGCUGCUUUUUGACGCUGAAUUCAUUACCGGUGUUUAUAGUUUUGCUGGAUUCCCACCUCCAAGACGACAGCAGACUCCUUAAACAACUGGGACCUUACCUGAGUCAUUUGGACUUUGCAGAGACUCAUUAUAAACUUAGACCAAAUGCCCAGACAGUGUUCAUUUCGAAACAGAUCAUCUAUUCAUAGUCUAUGAAUCUUUGGACGACGGCAUUGUUGAGUCAAGUGAUCCCAUGCACGUUUCUUUCGGUAAGACUGUUCAGUUCUUGUCGACAGAGUAAUGGUGCCAAUGAAAUGCAUUAAGCAAAAGCCUCCUAUAGGUGUAACCCAGCCAUAAGAAAUUUUACUUUGAACAAAAGGAAGGCACUGCUCUUUUAAAUCUGAGCUGUACUUUGGAAUAUGUAAUCACAAAAAAAUGACUUUGUCUCAGAAGUCAAUUCAUUAUUACAGUGAAAAAAAACAAGAAACACCAGUUAUCUUCCAAGAGGCUCCAACCUGAGAGACAUAAAUCUCAUAAGGCUAGGUGUCAUUAUUGGGAGGAAAGUGCAGGCUGAUGGUCUAACUUUUGGUAUCUGUAUCUCCUAAAAAAGCCAAACAAAGCCGGCUUUAGUAUUGUCCCUGGUACCUUCAGCUUGAUAGUAAACAUUCUUUGCUGUUGCUUUGAGUCAGUAGGGCUUUCCACCGCAGUAAUACAGCUGUAAUCUCUGUAAAUCCCAAUGUUCCUGGUGCAAAUCUACAGGGUUUUCUUCUGCCAUGUUGGCACUGUCAAGAGCUGUUAGCCACAGCACAAAGAGCAAAUCUGGAGCUGAAAAAAAAUGAAAAGCUUUGUACAUAUUCCUGUUAGUCAGAGGCAAUUAUUGGUCCAUGAACAGAACUCGAGAAAUAAUCUGCUCUGAACAUUUCACUGCAAAUAGGUGCAUAUCCUCUCCAAGGUACAAGUAAACAAGCUAUGAGACUGAACAAGGACAGACUUUCACUAUUGAGAGAGGUCCAAAAAUACAUGAAUGCUAUUAAAACAGAAACUGUCGAAACCUGACAUACAAAUGAAUCACCAUGUACAGACCAAUGAAGAAAAUCACUAAAACCAAGAGCCCCCUAUCAAAUGAAAAAUAUGCUGUGUAUUAAACAUAAUGUGUUGCUCUUGCUUAGCCACAUUAACAAGUAAAAUAUUUUUCUUUUGUAAAAAAAAAACAAAAACAGUGAAAUAAAACAACUAUGUAACAGUUGUGUGCAUUUUCAAGAGGUGCCGACGCUUUCUGGUACUCAGACAGGGGUCACAAAGUCAGUAAUUGUAUCUGUAUAGUUAGUACGUUUAUGUUAGGCAUUAUCUUAGACUAUAUUAAAUAUAUCGUUAACCUGAAUUCUAAUUAUUGUAAGUUUUAACAAACAAAGCUAUGCUGAGAGAAAGCAUCCCUUUUUCCCCGAUUUGUGAGCCGACAGGACUGCACCCAGUGCACCAUUAACGGCAGAGAGGUGACGCACCUGAGGUGUGAGUGGGCACGCAGGCCUGCACAGCGCAUUCAAGACUCACACUCCCACACACCCCCCACCCGCCUGCACAAGCUCUCACACACACGCACAC